GUCGCCCUUUGGCAUCGCGCACCAUGGAUGAUGAUGGACCGUCGCUGGAUGAUGGUCUGCAGCAGUUGCGGCUUGAAGAACAAAGCCCUGAACGGUCUGAAAGCGAACAGCCACAACAAGCUUCCCAAAAUGAGCUUGCGCGGCUGAACGCCCAAGUGCGUCUAGCCGAGGCCGAAGCGCGCAAGGCCGAGGCCGAAGCGCGCAAGGCCGAAGCCGAGGCCGAAGCGCGUAUCGCCGAGCUUCAUGCCGAGGCCGAAAAAGUGCGUCGAGCCGAGGCCGAAAAAGCGCGUCGCGAGGAGAAGCGUAGAGUGUGCACUGAAAAGAUCAAAAUUUUACAAAGCGUCUUUUGCGGCCUCACUUCGGACCACAUAAAGACCCUGCGAAAGAAGAUGAUGGACCUUGCUGAUGAUGUUUUUGAUGAAAAUGUCGUCGAUCUUAUCAACAACGAAACCUCAUCAGAAGCGAUGAAGGCCCGGUUCCCCUUGAAAGUUGGCGAGCAACAGCACUACAUGACCGUUGUUGAUUGCACGUGUGCAGGCUUUUCGUGGCAAACAAAAAAAUCGGUCAUUGGCAAGAUGCCGUCGAUAGCGCCCUCGCAAACCCCAUCUUUGACCGCUGCAAAUCAACUACUCAACUGCAUCGUCGCAGAACUUCCCUGCAGCCACCACUACUACGCAGCAAAAAUUGUCCGGCACAUUGAUGAGCUUUGCGCGGAUUCCGAGUUGACGAUCGACAACGAGCUGAUUGAGAACCUCGAGUGGGCGGUCAAGGUUGAGCGACAUUCCCGAUUGUCUGUGCUCCAGCAGGAAAGCGACAUCUCUUCUCGACUGAGUAUCGUGCUGCGUCGCUACUUUGGCCUGGACGUUGUCCAUCAAUAUUCCAUCGGCAACCAGAACACCCAUGUUGAUUGGGCGGGAUUUGAUGAUAGCCACCACGUUGUCGUCAUGGGCGAGUGCAAAAAGGCCCCGCAGAACUUCAACGAAUACGGGGGACAGGUUGCCAAUGAACUCUUGCGACUGAGAGCCAUCGCAACACGUUAUGAGAGCGGCAAGAAGUCUCAGGGGCUGCCGGGCCAGAUGCGCACAGAGUGGCCCAUUGUCAACAUCAACGUGGUAGGAGAUUAUGUGAGCGCAUACCUGGCCUUGAUGGUUUCUGAAAGGCGCUGGGACUUGGUCAAGCCCUACUUGUCGCAGCUGCUGCCUGCACUUGAAGGCCACAGUCUCAACCAAGAUGCAGUCUCUGGAGUGUUCUUUUUGCGCCUCGGUUGUGCAAGCUUAUCGAAUGAUUCGAAGCAGGUCCAAAGCAUCCUGCAAGCGUGCAAGGAUUUUGUGCAUCAGGAGUUGGCAGGCUUGCUGGCAAAUGGGACAGAAAGAAAAACGCGGCCAUCAUUGCCCCAACAACCCUUUCCUUGCCCUUUCGAGGACCUACACAACUGGAAGUUGAUUGAAUCGUUUGGUCCCAACGUGCAGGUCUACAGCGACAAGAAGCAACGCAAGGUGUAUAAGCACUUUGACUACUGGGGUCGCACAGACCUCUGCAGCGCUUUGAGCAAUUGCGUGGCUCCCGCAAAUUGCCGCUGCCCGCCCGACGACAAACUUCUGGAAAAACUCCGGCGACUGGAUGCGACGGGCACCUUCUAUCAGAAAUGGAAGGUGACGGAGCUUGCGACUGCCGUGCAUGUGCUCAGCUACCCUUACGUGGAGCUGGCACACCCCACCAAGCUCGAGCAAUUGGUCCAAGUCAUCCGCCAAUUGGAGGCCAUACACAGCGUUGACUUUGUGCACGGCGACAUUCUCCCUCGCAACAUUCUUUUUUGCAGCGACUGGGACGGGCAUCCUGCGGCCUUUCUCAUUGACUUUGAUCUCGGCCGGUUCCUCCCAGCCGAUGACGCCAACGGAGCCAAUAGGGCUUUGUAUGUCUCCAAUUAUGCCGUGAAAGCGAAGGCGCUGAAGCCGUAUCGUCACGAUGAUGCAUACCCAAAUGAAGCCAUGGACAAGGAGCACGAUGGCUUUGCCUUGGCACGUGUCAUGCAGGACUUUUUAGAAGAUGACGAUAAUCGGAAGGAGUUGGUGGCUGCGCUGGAGGAGCUCCGCCUGGAUGACGCUGCCACGCUGUGUAUGGAGUGCGAGCUUUUGUCGGAGUUCAAGGUUUCUGUGUCUGGCAAGGCAACCGGGAGUCCUCAUAAGCGUAUGCGUGCAUCCAAGCGUGUGGUCAACAUUGACCACGGCAAUGUUCCCCGUCAUUUGCUCAAUAAACAUCAUCCCGAGGGGCCCUCGAUGGACACUGGGGCAAGGUCUGAGUCUAGUAUACCUGUGGAAGGCAUCCCCAUUCUGAACGCCGCCACGACUUGUCAAGCUGCAAAAGCGCUGCGUGGUGCUGGGGCCCGCUGUGUCGAGGUCAUUGGCGAAGAGAGCCACGACGCUUCGGCAGCCGUUGUCAGCGAGAACGAGCAGGAGCUGGAUGAGCAGCAGCGGUUCAAGCAGCUCAUCUCAAGCACCCGGGUCAUGGCCUCAGAGGCUGAAGAUGAGCGAUGCCCGCACGGCGUUCACCAGAUGCAUCCGUUCUACGACAGUGCGGGCAUAACGCUGGUCAUCAACGAGCUGAAGCCAGAGCGCAUGGUCAACCUGGGCCACUGCACCCGUCAACGCUCCUCGAUUCGAGCAUCCACGCCAGCCCCCGACCCGUCGAGCUUUCUGGGCCAGGUGCUUGCCAGCCGUGGCCCUGCGGUAAUUGAUGCCACCGUGGCUCUGAGGGCGGGCCUGGACGCUGAAAUGACCAAGAAAGAGCUGGUCGAGCCCCUCACGUCCCUGUGGCUGGCCCUGGUGGAGGUGAAGCUGAGCCUCUUUGACGACGACAAGGUGCACUUUGUCAACGUCUUCUUACUGUGCACGGCCGUGUCCAAAGGAAGCGGCAUCCUGCAAGACAUCAGGCAGUGGACCACGACGCCCGCUGGACUGCUGUACGUUUUCAAAUUGUUCCUGCUUCGCCGUGGCAAGAAUGAGUCAUGGUCAGUGUCCAACGAGUUUAGGCCGUAUAUGCAGCCCGGCCGAUUGGUGAAUUUCUUGAGCCAGCGCAAGAGCAUGGCACGAACAGCGAGCAUGGCCGAGGGGCAGGCUGGAGUCGACGUCGAGGUCCGAACCGAUGGCGACGAGACGCUGCGCACCAUUGUCUGUCGAGGCAUUGAGCUCAAUGUGGAGGAGCUCGGGGCCGCAUUGGAGCAGAUGCGCAAAGACAUGACGGAAAUAUUGGACAAGCACCUCUUGUUGGUCUCAGGCCUGCGGACAAAGUACGAUAACAAAUAUGAGCGGCUGCGAUUGAAGGAGGAUCGGACCAACAGGGUCAAGAACUGGUGGGUGGGCCAUGGCAGUCCAGCCGAGACAGCGCUGUUUGAUCACAUUGGCCAGACCCCGAGUCUGCGGCAAGAGUUUAUCCAAACCGAGCAUGGGUCCAGUGGCGAGCUGACCUUUCGAGAGGACAGGGUGCGGGUAUGGCUUUCAUAUGUGUGCAGGUUCAACGAGCUAGCCCUCACCUCCACGCACAUUGCCGGAGGUCUGCCGCCACGAGCCUCUGUGUAUCAAGGGCUGUCCUACAAAAACGGCGUGGGCCGGCAACGAGCCGCGUUUUUUGCCGAGAAGCAGCUCUCCAUAUUGACCCGCGUGAGCAAGACCUACUGGCUGUCCCUGAACGAACAGCACACCUUUCGAUACAUGGACCAGGAAAUCAGCACGCUGAUAUUCAUGGUUAGGGUUAGGGACGCUCGAAACCACUACAACCUCCUCUUCAAUAUUGCGCCCCUGCAGGCGAUGGUGGCAGAUGGCCUGGACGUGCUCAUCGUUACGACCGACAUGUUUGUCCGCGUGGGAUCUGAAUCCCUACAUGGGAAGGUCUGCUUUCAGCGCAUCCGCACCGUGGUGAUGGACGAGGCACACACGCUCAUCUCAGAUGCCAGCUACCGAGAUGUGAUGAACGAAGUCGCAGCCAGUGUGGGCUCUGGCGGAUGGACCAACAUCAAACGCGUGGCGUUGGCGGGCACACUUUGCAUCGGGGACCAGGAGCAUUUGUUUCGCAAGCUGGGUCAGCAAGUCGGGGGCAAAGUGUACCGUCUGGAGACGAUGCGUCGCGAUCUGCAGCUGCGUGUGCUUCACGGAAACCAGCUAAACUUUUUGUCGCAUGUGCAAGCCAUUGUGGACACGCAGCGGGUGAUGCGUCAGGCAAAUGGGAAGCGUGUGCACAUGAUGGUAUUUUGCGACACUGUGAACGAGGUGAAGCUGCUGUGUGACCAGCUGCACGCACGCGGCUACGUGGCCUUGCCCUACUACACCGACCUGGAGGAGAAGGCGCAAAAGGACCAUGUGGCACGGUGGCAACGGGGUGAAUGCGACGUCAUUGUGGCCACUAGCUGCCUCAGCACGGGUGUGGAUCUGCUCACCAUUCGCCACGUGCUGUGGUAUGGCAAUGGCUACAUCGUCUAUACGCUGGCCCAGGCAUUUGGUCGGGCUGGUCGCGAUAAACAGGGAGGAACUGCCGAGCUGUGGCUACCACAUCGCUACCAGCCCUGCUUCCUCAACAUCCAAGCGAGCGGCAUCGGACGUCACGUGCACAGCUGCUGCUUCUUCAACAGCGGUUCAAGCAGCGGAGUCGCCUCUUCCCGCAGCAAAACGAGCAGCAUCGAGUGGCACGCGCACCGCUACCGUUGCCGCUACUGCUACCACUCUUUCUGA